AUGGAGAGCAUUCCAACGUCACCCCUUCUUCAAAUUCAACCCCCAACUUAUGGGAAUUUGAUCACCAUACUCAGCAUUGAUGGGGGUGGCAUUAGAGGGAUCGUUCCUGCUACAAUUCUUGCUUACCUAGAAGCACAGUUUCAGGAGCUGGAUGGCGAGGAUGCAAGACUUGCAGACUACUUCGAUGUGAUUGCAGGAACAGGCACAGGUGGUCUCAUAACUGCAAUGUUAACUGCUCCUAAUCAACAAAAUCGUCCUCUCUUCUCCGCCAAAGACAUUAAGCUCUUCUAUCUCCAGCACUGUCCGAGAAUUUUUCCCCAGAAGAGGGGCAUAUGUGGGUCGUUAUGGAAUAGAUUUAAAUCAUUAUUAGGACCCAGUUACGAUGGAAAAUACCUUCAUAGACAAAUAAAGCAGAAACUAGGGGAGGUCCGAGUGAAUGAGGCAUUGACAAAUGUCGUGAUCCCUUGCUUUGACAUCAAGCGAUUACAGCCCACCAUUUUUUCAACUUAUGAGGCAAAGAAGUCCCCAUGCCUAAAUGCUAAACUUUCAGACAUAUGCAUUGGCACUUCGGCGGCUCCAACGUACCUUCCAGCUCACUACUUCAAGAAUCAAGAUCCGAAAGGAAAUGUCAAAGAAUUCCAUCUCAUUGAUGGUGGUGUGGCUGCAAAUAAUCCGACAUUAGUUGCAAUAACCCAAGUGACCAAACAAAUAUUCGAUGAAAAUCCUGAUUUCUUUCCGGUUAAACCCAUGGACUAUGGGAGAUUUGUUGUAAUCUCAAUAGGCACCGGCACACCAAAGAUGGAGCAGAAAUACAAUGCUAAAAUGGCAGCCAAAUGGGGCACUUUAGGCUGGUUGCUUCAUGGUGGUUCAGUUCCACUAGUGGAUGUGUUCACUCAAGCAAGUGCAGAUAUGAUUGAUUUCCAUAUCUCCGUGGCAUUUCAAGCACUUCAUUCUGAAGCAAACUAUUUGAGAAUUCAAGAGGAUACAUUAACAGGAAGAGAUUCUUCUGUUGAUAUUGCAACAAAAGAACAAUUGGACAGACUGGUAAUUAUUGGUGAAAAGCUAUUGAUGAAACCGGUUUCCAGGGUGGAUUACUUGGAGACAGGCAUUUCUGAGCCAGUUCAAAAUGGUGGGACUAAUGCUGAGGCUCUUACCAAGUUUGCAAAAAUGCUUUCGAUGGAAAAGAGAUUGCGAGAGAAAAAUUCUCCGACUGCUACUGAUAUCUGACAUCCUUUGACACUGAAGAAAAGUAGCAACAUAUCAAAUUACAAGUUUGGUCAAUAAUUGUAGUAGGCCAACUUAAUACAGUUUCGAUUCAUUUAUUCUCAAGGGUCUAUCAAUUUAUGUACGGUUGUGUGUUUGAAAA